AUGCCAUCGGUCACUUUACCAUCAGCAACCGAUAAAGACAUUGUUCGAAAUGCUUUACCCACUUCGAAAAUCUUGACGGCGGCCGUAGCUCGUCUUUACGUGGCAUAUCCUCAACCAGAUGAAUGGACCUACUCCAAUAUUUGGGGUGCCGUUGCUCUUUGCAGAGACAGCCAGAAAAACAACUCUUUCUUUAUUCGCAUUGUCGACAUCACGUAUCGAAGCGGGGUGAUCUGGGAGCAAGAGUUAUAUGAAGGAUUCGAAUACGUCAAUGAUAAACCUUUUUUCCAUACGUUUGAAACCGAUGAAUAUCUUGCGGGUUUACUUUUUGUGGAUCUAAGCGAAGCUGAUAAUUUUUACAAAAAAAUCACCCACCUCGGACCCAUUCAACGUCCAGACCGUCGUCUUAUCGAUGAAUCCGGUUUUCCGGUGCCCGUUUUUCUCAACAACAGUGAUACUUUAGAUCAAUUAGGGUCCCAGCAAUGGCACGAUGUACUGGCGCAGCUUAAAGAAUUAGGCAUUACGGAAGAGGAAAUCUAUCAGAAUCAAGGUUUAUUAGAAGAGUUUUUGAAGCAAUACAAGGAAUCACCGGCAUCGACGAGACAAACCGUUCCGCCACCCCCACCUCGACCUCGACCAAAGGCGCCAUCCACUUUAUCAUCCACGCGUAAUACCACCCGAAGGGUACCUCCGCCACCUCCACCGCCGCCAGCUUCAGGAACACGACGUGCACCGCCCCCUCCACCGCCGCCAAGAAAAAAGGCCUCAGCCAGCCCACGUCCUUCCUAUCCGACCGCUCCAUCCCAUGCCACUAUUACACCAUCGGCAAUGGCUCCACCACCACCUCCUCCCCCACCCCCACCGCCAGCGUCAGCACCAGCGCCAUCAUCUCACGAUAGUAUGCAAGCUUCAGCAGCAGCAGUACCUCCUCCUCCCCCACCUCCGCCAGCACCUCCAGCACCAAUGGCUCCACCACCUCCUCCACCAGCUUCUCCAGGAUCUCCCAUGCCUGUGGGCGCCGUUCCAAAGAGUGGCGAUGGUCGUGCAAAUUUGAUGGCGUCUAUUCGUGCCACCGGUGGCUUUGGUAAUCUUAAAAAGGGUGGUACAUUACGUAAAGUGGACACAGAGAAAGCCCCCUCGGGUCAUACGCCGGCCUCUUCUCCCGAGACAGCCAAAACGGGCACACCUGAUCUUGCCUCCAGCCUCGCCGCAGCAUUGCAACAGCGAAAAACAGCCAUGCAGAGUGACGAUGAGCAUGAAAGUGAUGAUGAAUGGGAAUAA